GGAGCCCACCUGGGGCACACGCGUACGGGAUGAGGGAAUCGCGAAGCACAGAAUUUUUAGCGGUUGAUUUUGAAUUUCCAACCAAAAGCCCCGCCACCACUGAAAUACAGAGAUCUCGCUUUCUUCAUUCAAGUCUCCGUUUCCUUCUUCUCAUUUUCUUCUUCCGAAUUUUCCUUUUCAAGUUUUCAAUUGCCGCCAUAGACUCACUGCAUCAGGGCCAAGCAGUACCAAUCUGUCAUCCAGUUUUGAUCGGUUAUUUUUAUGCGCACAAUCUACUCGGUCAAUUCUCGCUAUCACUGAAGCUAUUUGCAAAAGGUUGUUUCUUUCGAAAUUGCAAAAUGUACGGGAGAAAAGCCUGCCAACUUGUUAAAGAGCUAGCAAGUGGGGAGAAAGGCCAGUUGACGCCAUUCAAUAGCGAUCUAUUUGAACAAGUAGUUGCAGAAUGCAGUCAACAUCACCUUGAGCUUCAGUCCUUGAUAAGAAAGAUGCAGGAAGAAGGGUUGGAUGUCCAAACUACUAGAAAUGCUGAACACCAUGGAGCCCUUAUCCACCAUCUUUCUUUAGUUCGCAAUAAACGCUGCCUAAUGGCCUAUGUUUACAACCGAGCAGAGGCAAUACAGAGUUUGUUAUGGAAAAUUGGACACGUACUUCCUCAAGAAAUUGAGGAGAAACUUUGUCAUGCGGAGGCGGAGUAUUUUAAGAAGCAUUCCGCGGCUUUGAAAUCAUAUAUGUCAAAAGUGCAACUUGAUCUGACUGUGGAUAUGGUGCCGCCCAAAGAUCCUUACAUCCAAGUGAGGGUCCUCGAUGAUAUUGGUGAUGGGAUUGUGCUUAGCGAUGACAAGACUGCCAAUUUUGCCCGCCAUUCAAUGCAUUUUCUGAAGCGAACUGACGCGGAGCAAUUUAUCUCACGGGGUUUAAUGGAGGAGCUCACAGGCUGACAUGAUACGAUUCUUGUUUUAAUGUUGUUUUAUACGUUAAAGUAAUGUAGAUAAUAAGAAAAUCAGCGAACAUUGUGUGAAAUUCCAAGUUACAACUGUUAUAUCAUUUUUUCCUUUUAAAAAUGUAUUAUUAUCAAUAAUGCCCCGUGGCAAUAUCCCUUGAUGUUGCUUUGAGCACAUGUGCAUAUUUAGGAAGAUUAUAUGUAUUGACUGUUGAGCGGAGUCCAUUGGCUCGAAUUGUGAUCC